AAUGUCUCGGAUGUGGUGGCUCAGUCCAACCGUGCCUACAAUAACACUGUUUUUCAUUACUUGUCAUUCACAAGUCUCAAACAGACAACAAUACUGAGUCAUAAUUUAAUCUAAGGAACCUGACAUUGUGGUUACAGUGAAGGGUCGCGUGUAAUGUAUGGAUUGUUUCUGUUUUAAACGCGACAGUUUGGUCGUCGGGAGAUGGGAAUGGGAACGUCGGGGAAUGUUGACGUUCACGCCGCUCAGCCGUUAAGACGCUGGUAACCUCUCCCUACACAUCAUAUGUUUGACUAUUACUCGUAAAAACAACGUGUCUCGUCGGCGCAGACCAUUGUGAGUAUGUUAUUUGUUAUUUGACGCUUCCAUUCGACGCAAAGCAGAAUAUUCCGCAGCGAUGGCUUCGGCUCUGAGUGGCUUCAGCGGCCCGGAGGUGCUGGAGGACGUGAAUCACGCUCGGGGUUUGAUCGCGGAGUUGAAGUCACUGUACGACUGCCGGCUGCUCGUUGACGUUACCAUCGGGGUGGAGUGCGAGGAGGAGUCGCUGGGUGACAGCGGCGGGUCAGCAGGAGGUGACACCGACCAAGUGUUCCUGUGCAGCCGCACCGUCCUGGCCGCCGCCAGCCCUUACUUCAAGAGCAUGUUCACCGGCGGCCUUAACGAGAGCGUGCAGGAACGAGUGGUCAUCCGCGGCGUGGAUUCUGAGUCCAUGUCCGUCAUCAUUGAGUACUGCUACACGGGCAUGGUGACGGUCACGGAGGGCAACGUGCAGAGGCUGUACGCGGCCGCCAACAUGCUGCAGCUGGAGUACAUCAGGAAAGCCUGCUCUAAUUUCAUGACGAGGCGGCUGGAUCUCUCCAACUGUGUGGGGAUACUGAAGUUUGCAGACACCUACGACAACCCGGAGCUGAAGGAGGACGCACAGGCUUUCAUAGCCAGGAACUUUAAUCAGGUGUGUGAUGGAGGGGAGCUAUGUGAUCUGGAACUGGUGCAGCUGAAGGAGUUGCUGUGUCUGGACACUCUGGACGUGGACUGUGAGAGGACCGUAUGUUCAGCUGCUCUGCAGUGGGUAGAAGCCAAUGUUCCACAGAAAAGGGAGGAUGCAUUGCAGGCGCUCAAGUGUGUACGCUGGAACUUGUUUACCGAUAAGGACAGGUGUUACCUGGAGGGUCUCAUGGAAAGGCCACUAAUUGAGAAAUUCCUUGCAUCAUUUUUCAACAGGUCUGCAGAUGACAGCUGUAGAGUGCCCGAAACUCAGGGCAUACCAAAAAACCGAAUCGGUGUAAGUGCAAAAGAAAUGAUUCUCUUCUUCGGCCUGCCAAACGACCACAUCCUGUGUUGUGACCCCUACUCAGAGGACCUGUAUUUCGUGGCUCCUCCUUUAGAGGACCUCAGCAGUCAGGAUUACAAACGCUCCACCAUGGAGUCCUUAAUCGCCUGUGCCUCACCUGAAAACAACCUGUACCUUGCCUCCCACCUUUCAAAACACUUCUGGCUGUAUAAUCCAGUGCUUAACAGCUGGCAGGAGUUGGCAGAGAGGCCUCUGGGGAGGAUACAUUCUGGGAUGUGCUUCCUCAACGGCCAUGUGUACCUUUUGGGCGGGAGAAAUCCUGUGACGGAUGUCAGACUGAAGGAGGUGGAGUGUUAUAGUGUUCAGAGGAAUCAGUGGACAUUUGUGGCUCCUCUGCCUCACUCUCUGGGUAAAAUGCAGGUGGUGACAUUAAAUGAUCACCUGUAUGUGGUAAAUAAAAGGAGAAUGCUCUGCUACGAUCCCAAGAGGAACCGCUGGCGCCACUGUGGGUCACUGAGAAGAGACAAGCUUCACAAGGCUUGCGUGUUUCAGGACCAGAUUAUCUGUGUGUGUGACACCCCGGUGAUAAAAGCCUAUAGUCCAGCCAGGGGGGAAUGGAAGAGGCUGGGUGAUAUUCCGAUUGACAGUCGAGCUUUAAAUUAUCAGGUGAUCCAGCACAACAACAAGCUGCUCCUCCUUACCCAGACUUUACUGCAGCACAACAAAAACAGGGUCCUCAUCCAUGAAUAUGACCCAGCCAGGGACACAUGGAAGAAUGUCAUGGCUGUGUAUGUGUCCACGCUGGGUCCUGUGUGUGUUUCAACGCGUGUGUACCCAGCAUGCCUGGGCUCACCUCACAGCUUCUCCACAGAGGAGGACGAUGACAGUGGCUCCAGUGCCGAUUGGGACUUUGAUGGUUUAACAGACGCAGACUCUGAUUCUGGCAGCUCUAGCUCUUUCUCAGAUGAGAACUGGUAGUAAACUUUCAAACCGUGUCAAAGGGACCUUUUAAAUUAUUUGUAAUUCACAGAAUGUUAAGGGUUCUCUUUGCCAGUGGAGAUCACGGAUCCAGAAUUAAAUUCAAUACAGUAUUUGAACCAGUAACUGGGAGUGGAUACACAAAAUGCUUAGAAGUGGAAGAUUUACAUGUGGAGGGAAGAAAAGACACACAACCAGUUGGUACAGAAUGGCAAUGAGGUUUUUUUUCCCUCUGUCUUUGUCAUUUUGGACCACAACAUAAAAGUGGACCAUAAUAUCUCCCGCCAAACAGAAUGACAAAAAAUAUGUGUACCAUUACCACCCUACUUUACGGGAAAACAUAUAAUAGAGAUGCAACUGUUUGGAAACAAGUUCCUAUGUAGAAUGGAGGUUCAGCACAAUUGCACUGGUUGAAUGAGGGGUAUUGCAGGUAUUACACCUAAAAUUAAUAUGAGACAGAAUUAGGACAGAUAUUGAGGGAGGAGAGGUUUUGUUUCCAGGUUUGUGUGUUUACUUUUGUUUCUAAGCUCAUAAAAUCAAAAUCGAAUAUUUAAUUUAGCUCUGUUUAACAAAUAAGAUAAUGAAUCACUGAGUUGCAUUGCAAUCAUGUGUGGAACUGAGCCACUGUCACUUAUUUGGAAGUGCUUUUACUGCCACAAGUAAAAAAAAAAAAAAUCAAAAUCAUGUAAAUCAAAGCUAUCAAGACUCACUUAAGGCUCAUUUAUGGUGCUUUUAUGCUUGUAGAGCGAUGCAUCGUAACUCUGUAGCCCUCACCCUCACUGCUCUCUUGCUAUCAAGUAAUACAUUCACUAGAGGGCAGUGCAGAAUCAAGAGUUUAUGACAACAACCGACAAGAGGUUGUAAUAAUGUAACUCUUUGCUGUUAUUGUUGAUCUUGAUUGACUCAAAACCUUCCAUCAUUAUUAAAAUGUCAUUUAGCUUGAAACACUGACUAAACUGUCUGCCCCCUAGAGAUUCUGGUGAUAUUGCUCUGUUUUGACUGAUUGUAUCUGUACACUUUAAAAAUAUGUGCUUAAUUAAGUACCCAACAUUUAAUAGGGUUGGCGAUACCACAUUUUGGUCUCUGAAACGGUAUCACAAACUCAAAUAUCUACCCAUACCGAUAUCAGUCUGAUACAGUCAUUUUAGACCUAUUAAACUAUGAAGCUGUUCACACCACAUUUGUGCUAUAGCUAUUUUCAGUGAUUGAUCCAGUGAGUGUAAUCCAGUGAUUUUGACCAGUAUCUUACCAAUACAAAGUAUUGUAUUGCAUCCCUAAUGUCGGGAAAAUAGGAGCUUACAGGAAAGAAAAGAUACGUUUUGUUCCUGAGUCCAUUAUCAGUGGCUUGUGUUUUUGUUUGCAUUUCAUGACAUAAAAAUUGGGAACCACUGCCACAGUGUGAUGUAAUUGGAUAGCGCCCACAUAUUUAUUACAUCUUUUUACACACUUCUAGUGUGCAAACCUGAGCUGAAAUACACAGGUGACGUCAGUUGACAAAGCUCUUCCUGAGCUACAACAAACGUUGCAUGUGUAAUAUGUGCACAUGCUAAAUAAUACGUCCUAUGGUAAAUAAAUCAACAUGUUGAUGUUAAACAGUUCAUGCUUUAAAAUGAUAUAAAAAAAGAGACAUACAGAGAGAUGUAUUUGUGUUUAGCUUAAAUACAGGAGCACACCUGCUUUUGAUGGAUGGAAAACUACUGUAUGAAAUGUAGAAGCCAUUGUAUGUUCACUCAGGUUUAAGCCUCUAUGCCAUAAUUGACUUUUUUUAGAUGGUGAAAAUGUGUGACUUUGGUGACAAAUUCUAAACAUAUUGAAUUUAUUAUAAAGUAUUUUAUCGUGAAUGUGCAUGAGCAUUUUGUAUCGAUGAUUUUAAUAUAAGAUUUAUGUUGCAAUCACAAAUCAAUUCACAAGGUGUUUUGAGUGUUGUGUUGUCCUGGCAAAUCCUCUUACUUGGAGGACAUUUUGUCUGCAUGUAAACAGCUUUUACAAAGCCAUUUCCCCUAAUCAGCCGCUACAUACACUCAGUUACCAGAUUAUAAUCUGUAGUAACUCACAGUGAAGUGCUUUUAAUGUACAACAUCAUUGAUAUGAAUGUUGUUGACAAAAUAUUAGUAACACAACUUAAUACAACACCAAGUUGGUGUUGUAUUAAAGAGUUGGUUCCUUUUUAAAACAGUGCAAUUAACAUUACAACCACUGUGUGAAGGUGUGAUCAGUAUAAUGAGUUUUAGCUGAUUGUACUUAAUAAACUGGUAACUGAGUGUAGCUUUCACUGUUGUGUCUCCAUAAUGGAAAGCCAGAGUAACAUAUUUUGUGUGUGUUUGGGGGGAGGUGAUUGGCUGGCUAUGAUAACACAUGGUCUGGAUAUUAAAGCUGUUUUGCUGUCAAAUAGACUGUCUUUAUGCAGAACAUGUGUGCAUUAUAGUGUUGUUGAUUUCUUUUUGGAGUUUGAAAAUGAAAUUGAAAAAAUACAAAUUAAAUGUGAUAUUGUAAAUGAAAGAGAAUGUUUGAACAUUGGUGAACCCAAUACAGAGGAAAGGAAAAUUAAA